UUUCUCGAUAAUCCAUUUUCUUCCAUUCCAGCGAAGGUGUUUGGCGUUUGGACUGUACUGGUCAUUCUUCUCUCCAUCACGACACUUUGUCUUGAGACAGUCUCUAGUUUAACAGAAGCCAUUGGGCCUCCAGAACUCUCUAUAAUUACUGGGAUUCCGGAAGAUGUUCUCCGUAAGAACUACACCAAGAUCGUCACCACAAAACUUCCUGAGGAUUACAACAAAACAGAAGGAAUAUCUUGGUGGAUUACCGAGCCGAUUCAUUCAAACAACACCAAAAAGGUUAUACAUCUCGGUGAAGAUUUUUAUGUUCCAAAUCAUUUUCUUGUCUACAUUGAUUAUGUGUUGUACGUUUACUUCAGCUUGGAACUCGUUACGAGGUUUAUAUUUUCACCACAUAAGGGGCGUUUCUUGUUGAGUGUCUGCACGAUCUGUGACAUCAUCGCGCUGGUACCAGGACUCGUCAUAUAUAUAACAAAUACUGUCCAUCCUGAGAAUAUAUUCAAAACAUCUAUGCUCGAUAUUGUCCGCGCAUUGGCUAUUCCAAGAAUUCUAAGGAUAGCGAGAUUUCUGAGGUUUUCAAUUGCGUGUAAAGUAUUGUACUAUACAUUAGUGGCAAGCAUAAAAGAAAUCUUUUUAAUGCUCGGACUACUUUUUCUCGGAGCAAUUACCUUUGCAUCCCUCGUGUACUUCGGGGAACUCAUUUCCGGCUCGGAUGAAACUUUGAUAACAAGCAUUCCGAUUGGAAUAUGGUAC